CACCGCCACUGAGUCGCACUACGAAGAUGUCGCCCUUAGAUACGCGCAGUGGCUCGCCUAGGAGGUCGCCGACUACGCGCACGAUAUCACCUGCUGGCAACACUGGGGCAUUCGUCCCAAAAAGACCUCACUGCAAUUCGCGCACCACCUGCACACACACCAGGAGCAAUUCCCCGAGCUCUGCGCGCUAUACACACGCAUGCGCGCCAUACAUCAGUACCUUCUACUUCAGGUGAACCGCGGCUUGUCUGCGCCCGGACAACUUCCUCUUGGGACACCCGACGCGCGGAGCAUAAGAGCAGCGGGCCGGGCGAUGGCGAAGCUUGCGAGGCUCUGCGCUACGUACUACUGCCAGCUCUGGCAAUGGGAGAAGUACGGGCACGAACCAGAAUGCCCGGAUAUGAUCACGGUGUUGGAUGGUGCUUGUUGGAUGUUCCAAGAGCUGGAGGCGUGGUACGAUCGAUUGAAGGGCGUGCACGAGGGACUCCGUUGGGCGGCGGCGGAUGCGGCGGCAGCUGUCGCCUGUCUUCACCCGUAUGUCGGUAUGUGGGCAUGCCAACGGAGUCUGAUGUUUUUAAGAGUCCCAAAUCACGACGUGUGCUUUAGCGAUUUUGCCCGCAGUACGAUCCCAAGCUGGUGGGAGGACUGAAGUCAUUGGGCUGGUUCGGAGGAUAAGGCUUUCGCGGAGCUUCAAAAUGGAGUGGAAUUCUUGCACAUUAAUGAUUCCCGUGUCCGACUCGCCAGUUCCCCUCAUUUCCCCUCUUUUAGUGCGUACCUGCGAGGGAUCCUCUAGUAAUUAACCUAACGAAAGGAAGGCAAGACAACCGAUGGGCGUUAGGCUCGACCACUAUGACUGGAAAGAGAGACGCAGCAUGCAAGAUU